UUCCUUUUACAAAUGGGUGGUAGCACAGCUUCUCCCUUUGUUCCUCAGUCUUCCCGCUCUUUCACUCAAACCCAGCCUCUUUUCUUUUGUGUAACCAGCUGUCGUAUCUGUUCCACCCGCUAGGGACGUUUUCCUUUAUGACGUAAUUUGUAAUCAAGUUAUGAGUUAAAUAUGUGUAUGUGUAAUUCUGUGUGAUUAGUUAGGUAUUUAGUAAAUAAAUAAUUAAACCCAAUUCUGUAUUGCUGAUUGAACUUGCGAGCCAGGGUUCGUGCAGAUAACCAAUAAUUGACAAAUUUCAGAUGAGACUGAAUUAAGAUGGCGAUUAAUAUUGACGGCUAUUGAUGUAAAAUAUUACUAGGUGUUCAAGAGUUUAUUCGGAAGAUAACAGCUCUAUAAAUAUUAUUUUGUGGUGCCCGACUCUCUAGUUAAUUACAUUUACAUGAUUAGCUCAAUCAGGUAAUAUUAAUUACGGAGAAAUUAUUUUAUAGAAUAGCAUGUCAUAUAACUUAAUCCGGCAUAGCCAAAGACACGACAACCGCCUCGGUGCCACCAUGGACAGCGUCGUCCAGACGAUGGACCACUGGGAGAGACAGAGAGUCCGUCCAACGCCCUCGCCAGCACCACCGGGGUCUCCACUACUCACCCCCUCCACACCUAGUUCCAGUGGGAUUCAUCUCGCACUUCCCAGGGAAUACGAUGGGACGGCUGCACGCUGCCAGGGUUUCCUGUUACAGCUGGACCUUUACCUGGCAACCGUCCACCUUCGGGCCGUAAGAAGGUUUCCACUCUCGUCUCAUGCCUCUCGGGGAAAGCCCUGGAGUGUGCCAACGCCAUGUGGGGACCAUUUCGAAUGACUGGUGAACGUCUCUGUCAUCUGAGGCAGAGGACGAGAAGCACCCAGGAGUUCGCCAUGGACUUUCGGACCCUGGCCGCCGGUGCGGAAUGGAAUGACAGGGCCCUGAUCGACCACUAUCGCUGCAGUUUGCAUGAGUAUGUCCGUCGGGAGUUGGCCUGCAGGGACACCACCCUCACCUUCAACCAGCUGGUGGACCUUUCCAUUCGGCUGGAUAACCUGCUGGCCACCCGCGGACGUCCAGACAGGAGUCUGGCGGUUCCAUCCCCCAGCACCACCGCUCCAAUGCCCAUGGAGCUGGGAGUUAUAGUUUUAAAUGUUAUGAUUACUUAUUUGUGCUGUUCCAAAUUGUCUGAAUAAAAAUGACAGUUAGUGCAGAAUGGUGGAUUUAGGUAUGCUUAGAUACACAGAAAAAUAGACAUAUUUUGGACAUUAUGGCUCUAGAUUCCAGGAAAAAGCUAAAUUCUGCUGCUUUCAAUAUACUUUGUAUCCCUCAUUUACUCAAGUGCACUUACCUGUACAUAACAUUCUAUGACAAACACAUGCCAUACAGAAAUUAGCUGCUACACACUAGUUCAGGGAUUAAACACAUCUCAGGGUCUAGGAACACUGCACCAACACUUGAAGAGCUUUGUGCUAUCCUACAAAAGCUAUAGUUUAGUUUCCUGUCAAGUCAAACAGCAGUUACUUAGCCAUCUUCCAUUACUGCACUGCUUUUAUCAACUCAACUGAGAGAGAAGUCCCGCUGUUCAGUGUUCCCUCACUGCAUCUGCUCUCUCCAUAGCUCUACCUUCAGGCCCGCUCCAAGGCGUCUGCAUGGUCCUAAACCACCCGCUGAACUUUGAGAACAAACACACUCUCUUUUCUCUCCAAUCUGAGCAAGAUUGACAGCGCUCUGAAUAAAUGAGGAUGGGGGAGGGGCUAUUAAGGGUGGCCAGUUCUAUAUUAUAUACCUGGCCAGAUAAAUAAUUAUCUAUCAAGUGAUUAUCACUGAAGUGAAAGGAGAGAGCCAACAGAGACACUAUUAGAGGCAAACACACGAUAACCAUUGUGAGAGGCAGAGAAAGAGAGGUCGAGGUAGUACACUUCUUGUUGAGACUUUUCACUCAUAACUCACAAGUCCAGAGUCCAGACUGGAGCCAUGUCUCUAGAGAAGGAAAGCAAUGGUCUCGAAAACGACACAUUUGCUAUUCAUGGGCAUUUCUGUGAGCUGGAGAAUGAUGGAGAGGGCUCCGACCUCUCUGAGGAGGAUGACAAGAACAAGCUGGCCUACUGUGUCACAGACGUCCCAGCCUGGUACCUAUGCAUAAUCCUGGGCAUCCAGCAUUUACUGACAGCGUUUGGGGGGAUAAUUGCCAUCCCUCUGAUCCUGUCUCAGGGUCUGUGUCUGCAGCAUGAUGGCCUGACCCAGGGUCACCUCAUCAGCACCAUCUUCUUUGUGUCAGGCGUGUGCACCCUGCUGCAGGUCACCUUCGGAAUCAGACUGCCCAUUGUUCAGGGGGGUACCUUUGCCUUUCUAGCUCCCUCCAUGGCUAUGCUGUCAAUGCCAGAGUGGACAUGCCCUGCCUGGACCCAGAACGCUUCCCUGGUCAACACCACCUCUCCUGAGUACAUAGAUGUGUGGCAGAGCCGCAUGCGAGAGCUGCAGGGCUCCAUCAUGGUGGGCUCUUUGUUCCAGGUGCUGGUGGGUUUCUCUGGCCUCAUCGGUUUCUUCAUGCGUUUUAUUGGCCCCCUUACCAUCGCACCCACCAUCACUCUGAUUGGCCUGUCCCUGUAUGACUCGGCUGGAAUGAGCGCAGGGAACCACUGGGGCAUCUCCACUAUGACAACUGCUCUGAUCAUCCUGUUCUCCCAGUACCUCCGACACAUCCCUGUACCAUUCCCCACAUACAACAAGACCAAGAAACUCCACACCUCCAGGAUCUACAUCUUCCAGCUUCUCCCUGUGCUCCUUGGCAUCACACUGUCAUGGCUGAUCUGUUACAUCUUCACCAUCUCUAAUGUCCUGCCCUCCGACCCGGAGCAGUACGGCUACCUGGCUCGCACAGACCUGAAGGGGGAUGUCAUAAGCCAGGCCCCCUGGUUCAGAUUCCCAUAUCCAGGUCAGUGGGGUUUGCCAACUGUGAGCCUGGCUGGAGUGGUAGGGAUCUUGGCUGGGGUGUUAUCCUCCAUGAUAGAGUCGGUGGGGGACUACCACGCCUGUGCCAGACUAUCAGGGGCCCCUCCACCCCCUAAGCAUGCCAUCAACAGGGGCAUUGGCAUUGAGGGGAUUGGCUGUCUGCUGGCUGGGGCCUGGGGCACGGGCAACGGAACCACCUCCUAUAGUGAGAAUGUGGGUGCACUGGGCAUCACCAAGGUGGGCAGUCGCAUGGUAAUCGUUGCUGGUGGGGUAUUGAUGAUCAUCAUGGGACUUUUCUGUAAAAUUGGAGCAAUUUUCACCACCAUCCCCACACCUGUGAUUGGAGGAAUGUUCUUGGUCAUGUUCGGGGUCAUUUCUGCAGCUGGAGUUUCAAAUCUGCAGUAUGCAGACAUGAACUCCUCCCGGAACGUGUUUAUCUUUGGAUUUUCCAUGUUUUCCGGCCUUGUCAUUCCAAACUGGAUAUUCAAGAACCCGGAUGCCAUAGCAACAGGUGUGGUCGAGCUGGACCAACUGCUGCAGGUGCUUCUAACAACCAGCAUGUUUAUUGGAGGCUUCUUUGGGUUAUUCCUUGACAACACCAUUCCAGGCACCCUACGGGAGCGGGGCAUCAUGGACUGGAACAAGAUCCCCCUUGAUGACUCCAGCAACACUUUGGAGAGCAGUGAGGUGUACAACCUUCCAUUUGGAAUUAGCUCUUGUCUCUCCUCCUUCUCCUGGGUUCGAUAUGUGCCGUUCCUCCCUCCAAAUGCACCAAGCUCACAGGACAAGGCCAAGGUGGACUCUUUGGCGACCAAGCAGCAGCCUGUGAAGCCAGAGCCUAUCAGAUCAGUGGCCCUAUGAACACUGUGCAGGACCAGACACGGGCUAAAACAACAACAAAAAGAGAGGCAGCUCUCGUAAUAUGGUCCUCCCGUUCUGUUCUAUUUUGUCUAUUUUAUACUCAUAUCUUGUAAAGAUUUGAUUAUGCAUUUUCUAAAUAAACUUUUGGCAAUAAUA